AUGGCGGACGCCGGCGAAAGUACGAACAUGUGCUGCAUCUGUCUUUGCACAUUGGCAUCGGUUGACCCAGACGAGACUGAUGCGCCCGCCGUAGGUGCAUGUGUACCGUGUGGACACUGCUUUCACCAACCCUGCUUUGAAAACUGGGCUCGGCACCAGCGGCACGCCCAAAACGUUAAAUGCCCCACGUGCAACGGGAAAAGUACCGGAUUUGUGAAACUCUUUCUAGAUUUGGGCAAUCCAGAAACCUUCAUCGAUGAUGAUGAUGAUAGUGUAAGUUCCCUUGAAGAGGAUGAUCAUUUAAGCGUGACACUAUCAUCGUCGAAACUACGCAUUGCCGAGAAUCAGGACAAAAGCGACAGUCAACCUCAAGCCCAGGAAGUGAACAGCAAUGACGAACAUCGCGAUGACAACGCAGAUCCGCAGAUGGAGGAAUCCCAGCCAGAAAUGGUAGUAAUCGAUGACGAGGACGACGAUUCAGUUCGACUCAGAGCUUCGACCACCUGCCCUAAAAGCCUUGCUAAAACUAGUCGAACCGGACAACUAUUGCCUCCUGAUCACGAAGGGAACAAGUAUCGGUCGAAAUUCAACCGCGCCAAACGUCGUAUAAAGAAGCUUGAAACGCAUCUUGCGUCGUCGGCGAAGCAAUACCAGACCGUUACCGAAAAUCUCGAGAAUGCCGUAUUGGCCAAGACAGUUAUGCACGAAGAAUUUGGAAAGCUCGAACAAGCGCACGACCGCAUCGAACGUAAGAUGCACGAGAUUCAUCUAGAUCUCACCAGAACUAAGCGUGAACGAAAAGAAGCGCUGGAGCAAAUACAGGAGCUGCGUCGUGAACUCGACCGUACAAAUACGAAGCUUUCCGAGCAAAAGACACACUUCGAGCAACACCUUGAAAGUGCACGAGUCGACAGUCUCUCCGAGGUCAAAGGCAUAUUGGCCAUAUAUCCUAAAUUGACGACUGAAAAUAAAGCUCUGAAAGAGACCGUGAUGAAGAAGAACGAAGAAAUUGGGCAGUUGGUCCAACACAUCAAACACAUUUCAAGAUCCGUCGAAUCUCACGGUGAAGGCACGGUUUCUCACAAGGAAACAAUGCAACAAGAGCGUCGAGCGAGCGAUGCGGCCAAACACUUUAGAUCAAUGCAAGACUCUUCAGAACGAGCACACCAGAAAACCCAACGACUGCACAUACAAAAAAAACGACCUUGCGAAGCAGAAUAUCAAAUUCCUCCAAAGGCGGCGCGCAAGGUUUUGCUGUCAAAAGGAUCCGAGCACGCCGCUCGUAUGUCUGCGUGA